GUGUAUGUGUGUGUGUGUGUGUGUGUAUGUAUAUAUAGAUGAUUGUAAAUAAUGGUGUUUUGGGCCAUUGUUUACUCGCUGGUGAUAUUCCUGCACUUCGGUUGCCUGCAAGCAAAACCGGAGUCGCAAGGUUACUGUGCCCCAUACAGCGGCAAGAUCUGCAAGAGGUACCUCAGUGGCAUUGGGAAGGUAUGGUUUAAUGACUCCAAUGACAAUCCCGGUGGAUGGCUGAAUGAGAAGAUUACGGCAGAUCUGUGGGAGGAACUGAUAUCGACUCUUUUGGAGCCAUGUCGCUCAGCUGCAGAGAAAAUGCUCUGCAUGUAUGCAUUUCCACUGUGUCAUGAAUCAGUAGGUCUAUCUCUAUGCUAUGAAGACUGCAUGGCCGUGCGCCAGCAGUUUUGCUUCAAUGACUGGGCAAUUAUCGAGGAUAACAAACAGAGAGACAUUUACAUCCGUUCACGUGGACACUUUGUGCUACCAGAAUGUGAGAGUUUGCCUAAAAUCAAUAAGGAGACGCCCAGCUGUUCACAUGUACAUUUGACUGACAUGAACGAGGAAAUCGUCACUUAUGAUUGCAUCAGAGGCAAUGGUAGAUUUUAUAUGGGGAAGGUGAACAAGACUAAAUUUGGUUUAGACUGCCAGUCAUGGAGCGCGCAAAUACCACACAGUCAUGAUAAACCGCCUGACGUUUUCCCGCAGAUUCGCCACGGUGAAAAUUACUGUAGAAACGCGGGCGGCGACGAACCGAUGCCAUGGUGUUUCACGACUGAUCCCCUGAUACGCUGGCAGCAUUGCGAUAUUCCUGUAUGUGAUAACGUUACAACUAAAGUGGAAAUUGAACCAAAGGACAUAAUGAUGGAUACUUUAUUUAACAAUACACUGGUACUUAUACUAUCUGCGUUGGGCUUCAUAAUCGUAACUGGUGCACUGUUAUCUAUUUUGCUAAGUCAAAGACUGCACAAACGUCAUCGAGGCUAUAAUCCGACUGAUAAUCAAGAUGUGAAUAUUGAUUUAGAUAAGUUACCGAACAACGAGGCGUAUCAUAAGACGAGCGCGCAACUGAAUCCCAAGUUGGAGAAGCUGGAGUUCCCGCGGAAUAAUAUCAUCUAUGUGCGGGAUUUAGGUCAGGGCGCAUUCGGUCGCGUGUUUCAGGCGAAGGCACCGGGACUAGUUGCGGGCGAGGAGUUCACGAACGUCGCUGUGAAAAUGCUGAAAGAGGAAGCGUCGGACGAUCUAUUGCGAGAUUUCGAGCGGGAGGCGUGCCUCCUCGCCGAAUUCGAUCAUCCAAACAUUGUGAAGUUGCUGGGUGUCUGCGCGCUUGGACGGCCAAUGUGCUUGCUGUUCGAGUACAUGGGCCGUGGAGAUCUUAACGAGUUCUUGCGCUCGUGCUCGCCCAGCAAUUACGUAAUCCGCGUGCCUACCACGGAUGAAGGCGGUCCAACGGCGAGCGAGCCCUCGCGACUCUCGCACAUGGAUUUGAUCAACAUUGCACUGCAAGUGGCAUCUGGUAUGGUGUACCUAUCCGACCGGAAAUUUGUACAUCGUGACCUGGCGACGCGCAAUUGCUUGAUAAAUGACCAGAUGAUCGUCAAGAUCGCAGAUUUCGGCUUGUCACAAAAGAUAUACCUGCAGGAUUAUUAUAAAGGGGAUGAGCAGGACGCCAUACCUGUCAGAUGGAUGCCACUCGAGAGUAUCCUGUACAACAAGUACACUGUCGAAUCGGAUGUGUGGGCGUUUGCCGUGUGUCUCUGGGAGAUCUUUAGCUUUGCGUUACAACCGUAUUAUGGAAUGACGCACGAGGAAGUGGUCAAGUACAUCAAGGAGGGCAACGUGUUGCGCUGCCCGGAUAACACGCCGCAAUCGAUUUAUGAUCUAAUGAAGCUCUGUUGGAACAGGCGGCCAUCCGACCGGCCUACCUUCCGUACAAUCUAUCAGACUCUUGAUGGUAUUAAGCAGGACUUGGAGGCGGAAUGCAAAUCGGAUAGUGUCCCGUUACGCAUCCGCGUAUGAAUGUAAUAAUAACAAUAAUAAUCGAUAUUUCUCGUAAUGGCGUGCAGUGUGAAAUUCGUGUGAGAUGAUUUAAGAGAAA